AUGGCUAUGGUACACCUUCCAAAGCACGCCGACGGUACUGAUCCUGAAAAGCCUGUGCUAUUUUUCGAUAUAGACAAUUGCUUGUAUUCGCGACACCUCAAAGUCCAUGAAGUCUUAUCAGGUCUAAUUGACUGUUAUUUCAAGAAACACCUUGGUCUCUCCCACGAAAAUGCUAUCCUCUUGCAUCAAGUCUACUACAAACGCUAUGGCCAGGCAAUCGAAGGAUUGGUGCGACACCAUCAGAUCGAUCCCAUGGUGUACAAUGUCAGUGUCGAUGAUGCUCUCCCGCUUGAGGAUAUUAUGAAACCUGAUCCAGAGCUCCGACGAUUACUGGAAGACAUCGACACGACGGAAGUCCGCCUCUGGCUGCUAACAAACGCCUAUAAGACGCAUGGAGAGAGGGUUGUCAGGCUGCUCGGUGUUGAUGAUUUGUUUGAGGGUUUAACUUAUUGCAACUACUCUGAAACACCCUUCACUUCGAAACCACAUAUCGAUAUGUUUAAGAAGGCUAUGAGGGAAGCCGGUGUUCAGAAAAAUGAGAGUUGUUAUUUCGUUGGUAAGUGA